AUGGGCAAAUAUGCAAGCCCGGCACUUGCCUUGAACUCGUCGGUUCAGAAUGGGACGUUCCAGUCGCACUGUGUCCUGACACAGUUCAACCUGGUGUGCCGGCAGCCUACCGUCCCCCCUGAAUACGCAGAGGUCAUCCUCAUUGCCAUGAUCAUUUCCAUCAUCUUGAACAUGUUCGGCAAUACCCUCAUCAUCGCGGCCAUCCUCUACUUCAAGCAGCUGCAGGUGCUACCAAACGCCUUCACCUUCUCACUGUCAGUGGCCGACAUCCUUGUGGGCGUGGUGGUGAUGCCCUUCUACAUGAACCAGUGCGUCUACAACUGCUGGUUCUACGGCCAUGCGUUCUGCAAGGUGCACCACUUUCUACACGCCUUCCUGCCCACUGCCUCCACCAUGCACCUCUGCUGCAUCGGCUACGACCGCUACCUGGCCAUCUGUGACCCCUUCCACUACCAAGAGCGCUUCACGAGAAGAACUGCAGCCAUAGCGCUCGCAGCCACGUGGCUUGGCUCACUGCUCUACGUGGUGCCCAUCAUGCUGGACUGGAUCGUCAUCGGCAUCGAGGAGAUGGUGGCCGAGCGCACCUGUCCCGACAACUGCAUCUUCUUUAUGAACAAGGUGUUCUCGAGCUGCGGAGCCUUCUUCAGCUUCAUGUUGCCCAUGGGCAUCAUGACAGUUACGUAUGCAAAGAUCUACCGUAUCGCCCGCAAGCAGGCCCGCUCCAUUGGUGCCCAACAGCAUGGGAUGCUGGGCCAGACCGCGCUGGGCUUCAACAAGCAGCAGUGGGCAGCCAUGAAGCGAGAGCACAAUGCCACCAAGACCGUGUCCAUCAUCUUGGGCAUUUUCAUGAUAUGCUGGGCGCCGUUCUUUAGCACCAUCGUCAUCGACCCUUACUUGAACUACACGACCAAGCCCGUGGUGUGGGAGAUGCUCAACUGGAUCGGGCACGUCAACUCGGCCAUCAACCCGUUCCUCUACGGCGGCUUCAACCGCACAUUCCGUAAUGCCAUCCGCAUAAUUUUCAGUCGCAGGCUCCUGCAGCCUGGGAUCCGCAGUGCUGAGCUGUGA